GUCUGAAGACACUAUCUUCACAGCCAAGAAUUCCACUGUUGCCUGUUACUACUUGGAGAGUAGAGAGUUAUCCGAUCACCAUGAAAAUCCCAGUGCCCUACGCGUGGACCCCGGAUUUCAAAACCACCUAUGACAACAUUGACAGUGAGCACAGAACGCUCUUCAAUGGUCUGUUUGCUCUCUCCGAGUUCAACACUCAAACGCAACUCAAUGCUGCGAUUGAGGUGUUCACUCUUCAUUUUCAUGAUGAGCAGGGUCAGAUGAUCAGAUCCAAUUAUGUCAACACCAAGGAGCAUACCGACAUCCAUAACAGCUUCAUGGACACCAUGAGGGGGUGGCGCUCCCCAGUGCCACAAAAAGACCUCAAGGACGGGAUGGAAUGGCUUGCCAACCACAUCCCAACAGAGGACUUCAAAUACAAAGGCAAAUUAUAAAGGAAAAAUCUCUGAUUUUAACGCCAUCUAACGGUGUGCAUUCGUGUUGCUGACGUCAUGACUUUAUUUUGAAUUAACUAGUGAUGAACUGUGCAACUUCGUAACCAACAGGGUAACUUACUAGGUGAAAUAUACCAACUGUUCUCAUUUUUUUGCUUUGAAUUUAAAGAAAAUAAAUUGUUCCGAUGCUUUUGCAAGUAAA